CCGCCGAGCCCCCCCCCCCCCCCUCCCUCCCUCCCGGCCUCGCUCAGACCCGGCUUCGGCCCGCCGCGGGUUCGCGGCCCGGACGCGGCGGGAGCAGGGCCCGGGACGGUGCGUCCGGCCUUGCCCGCGGCUCCUCGCCCAGACAAGUUUGAACAAUGAUCACAGUCAACCCGGAUGGGAAGAUAAUGGUCAGAAGAUGCCUGGUCACCCUGAGACCCUUUCGGCCGGGAGAUGUUAGCUGAUUCUUUCAGAAUCUUCCUGGGUGCACAACCACCCGCCUCCUACACUGUUUCUCUGGCUGCUGUCCUGAGACCAGCCUGGCUUCAUCUUGGGAUCCCAGGGACCCAUCCUCAAGCUUGGUGGAAUGCAGUGAGGGUCCCUCAGAGGCUCUUUGUCCUGGGUAUCGGCUUCUUCUCACUGUGCUUCCUGAUGACGUCUUUGGGAGGCCAGCUCUCUGCCCGGCGCCCGGGGGACUCCCCCUUCACCAUCCGCACAGAAGUGUUGGGCGGGCCGGAGUCCCGCGGCGUCCUGCGCAAGAUGAGCGAUUUGUUGGAGCUGAUGGCGAAGCGAAUGGACGCGCUGGCCAGACUGGAGAACGUCAGUGAGCUGCACCAGGCUUCUGGCGACCGGCACUUUGCUGCGGACAGGUUUCCCCCGGGGGCCGGCCUCAUGGAGCGGAUCCAGGCCAUCGCCCAGAACGUCUCAGACAUCGCCGUGAAGGUGGACCAGAUCCUGCGUCACAGCCUGAUUCUCCACAGCAAGGUGUCUGAAGGCCGGCGGGACCAGUGUGAGGCACCCAGUGACCCCAAGUUCCCCGACUGCUCAGGGAAGGUGGCGUGGAUGCGCGCCCGCUGGACCUCUGACCCUUGCUACGCCUUCUUCGGGGUGGACGGCACCGAGUGUUCCUUCCUCAUCUACCUAAGCGAGGUCGAGUGGUUCUGCCCCCCGCUGCCUUGGAGGAAUCAGACAGCCGCCCAGAUGGCCCCCAAGCCCCUCCCCAAAGUCCAGGCAGUUUUCCGGAGCAACCUGUCCCACCUCCUGGAGCUGAUGGGCAGUGGGAAGGAGUCUCUAAUCUUCAUGAAGAAACGGACCAAGCGGCUCACGGCCCAGUGGGCACUGGCCGCCCAGCGGCUGGCACAGAAGCUGGGAAGCGUCUGGAGGGAUCAGAAGCAGAUCCUCGUUCACAUUGGCUUCCUGACGGAGGAGUCUGGUGACGUGUUCAGCCCAAGGGUGCUGAAGGGCGGGCCUCUGGGGGAGAUGGUGCAGUGGGCAGACAUCUUGGCCACUCUCUAUGUCCUGGGCCAUGGCCUGCGGAUCACAGUGUCCCUGAAGGAGCUGCAGAGUAACUUAGGGGUGCCGCCAGGCCGGGGGAACUGCCCGCUCACCAUGCCCCUGCCUUUUGACCUCAUCUACACCGACUACCACGGCCUGCAGCAGAUGAAGCAGCAUAUGGGAUUAUCCUUCAAGAAGUACAGAUGCCGAAUCCGGGUCAUUGACACCUUCGGGACAGAACCCGCAUACAACCAUGAGGAAUACGCCACGUUGCACGGAUACCGGACCAACUGGGGCUACUGGAACCUCAACCCCAAGCAGUUCAUGACCAUGUUCCCUCACACCCCGGACAACUCCUUCAUGGGCUUCGUGUCCGAGGAGCUCAACGAGACGGAGAAGCAGCUCAUCAGAGGCGGCAAGGCCAGCAACAUGGCUGUGGUGUAUGGCAAGGAGGCGAGUAUCUGGAAGGGGAAGGACAAGUUUCUGGGCGUCCUGAACAAGUACAUGGAGAUCCACGGCACGGUGUACUAUGAGAGCCAGCGGCCCCCCGAGGUCCCGGCCUUCGUGAAGAACCACGGUCUCUUGCCACAGCCUGAGUUCCAGCAGCUGCUGCGCAAGGCCAAGCUCUUCAUAGGGUUCGGCUUCCCCUACGAGGGCCCUGCCCCGCUGGAGGCCAUCGCCAACGGCUGCGUCUUCCUACAGGCCCGCUUUAGCCCGCCCCACAGCUCCCUCAACCACGAGUUUUUCCGAGGCAAGCCCACCUCCAGAGAGCUGUUCUCCCAGCACCCCUACGCAGAGAACUUCAUUGGCAAACCCCACGUGUGGACCGUCGACUACAACAACUCGGAGGAGUUUGAAGCGGCCAUCAAGGCCAUCAUGAGAACCCAGGUAGACCCCUACCUGCCCUACGAGUACAGCUGCGAGGGGAUGCUGGAGCGAAUCCACGCCUACAUCCAGCACCAAGACUGUCUGUGAGGGCACCCGCCCAUCUGGCCCUCCCUGCCGCAGGAGAAAGCACCAGCAGAUUCCCAGCUCCAGCGACCCGCCCGCCCCUCGACGCCCCCAGACUGGAGCUUCCUUCCUUGGCCAGGAAGUGUACGCGGGGAGGGGGGGGCAGCUUGUCCAGGUGGCGGGGGGGGCCCGCCCCAGGCAGCCUCCUCGUCCUCAUCCGGGGGCUCGUGACAGCGUGGUGGCCAAGCAGAGGGCCCCGCUGGCAGGAGCAGGGGGUCGGGGCCCCUCGCUUUGUGCAGGGCCCAUGUUGGACCAGAUGGAGAGAGGGCCCUGGUCCUUCUGGGCCCACAAUGGGGCCUUAGGAUGUAUGGGGAGGGAGCAGGGGCUGUACUUGCCCGAUGACCCACUGAAGGGUCCAGAGAGUGAUGUGUGAGGGGUCAGUCUUGUCCCUUUGUGGUCAAGAGGGACAAGGGACGGGGGGGGGGGGGAAGGCCAGGCUGGGGGACCCUGCUCAUGCCUCCUCUCAGCCCCAUCCCGCCUGCCUUUGCAACGCCCCCCCACCAUUCUAUACUUGGGGGGCACAGUGGGAGUGCGGGGGCCGCCUAGACCCUGGGUUGAACCGUCUCUCUCUCCCGCUUGCUCGAGCUCUCUCCACUUCGGGCUUCUGCCCAAACUCAUCUUGGCAUGACUGAGACUCCAGGCCAUGGACUUGUCCCCAGAGCCUCAGUUCCCGGCCCAGCAGGCUCUGGGACCCCCACCCCUUAGCAUCACUUGUAGGCAAAGGCUGGGGACGGAGCUGUAGCCCAUGGUACGUCCAGCCUAGUCCCUGGCUUCCCAGGCCCACUAGCCCCCAGGUAGCCCCCCCCCCCCCCCCAGUGCUGCGUGUCCCUAUCUCCAGCCUCCUCUAGCCUCCAACCGCCUCUGGACCCAAGCAUCAUCUCUGUGUGGCAUGCCUGCCCCGGCCCCAGGACACCCCCUCCUCCUCCUCCCCAGGCCCAGAGCCCUGCCCGAAUAAACAGGUCAGGCCUCCAGAGACACUGCCACCCCAGCCCCUUUUAUAAUCCCACCCCCCCCCCCCCCCCCCCCCCCCAGCCAGGCCUGACCCUCCACCCUGCCAGGGAGGCAGCCCAGGGCCCUGAGAGCCGGGAGAGGGGAGCGAGCCAGCGUGGGGCCGAGGUGGGGUGCCUCCCAAUGCCAGACCCCUCUCUGGGCCUGGGUGGCCCCUGCAGCCGCAGAAACUCAGUGGUCGCCAAGGACCUGGCCCGUCAGGGAAAAGCAAUAGAGACACUCUUUUCUCUCUCUCUCUUUUUUAAAGAUUUAUUUCUUGAAAUAAAUAUUUUAUUGGGAUGUGAGGUGCA